UCUUUGGGUUCGAGCGCCCGUGAGGUAGGAAGCGGCUCGAGCCUAAACGGUCUCGCGCGGAGAUUGGUCUCGAGCAAAGAUCAUAGAGCGGGGGCGGAGCUCUAUGAUUAUGAUCUGUGGUCUCGAGCGCAACGGUUCCACCUGUUAGUUAUUGAUGCGCGCAGCGUGUCGGCAUGGCGGCGCCGAGACGAAGGGGGCAACAGCAGCGGGGAGUGUGGACUCGCACUAAAUUGAGACUUUUAGCAACAGCCCUUGGGUAUCCACAUGACCUUCUUGUUGAUUGCAUUCCGCCUGAUAUGUUUAAGAAGCAGCGAAUGAACUCUGAGGAUCUCCGAAGAAGCCUCGAUUCAGGACACUUCACUACUGCACUGAAUAUAACGUGGAAUAUGAAAAAUGAUGAAUAUAAUGUCGCUGUCAUUAAGAAGUGUGUCCAGUUUCUGGAUUCUGGGAUUAUCAGUUUCAAUGAACUCCGCAUCAUAAGGCUUAUGUUUUUCACCUUUGAGCAACCGUACAAGAAUGGAAUGAUAAUAGACAAAGAUAUCUUAAUGGAAGUCCUCAAGAUGUGUUCUCGAGUGGUAGCUCCAGAGAAACUGAUGCACAGAAUCAAGCAUUGGAAAAGUACAUACACUGUGAAGGACCGUAUUCAAUUUUAUGAGUUCAUGGACUUAUUGUUGCUGACUGAAUCAGUAGAUAAAGUCUUCAUAAAAGAAGAGGAAGUCCAAGCAACAGAGGAAACCUCAAGUGAUCUAUUACAGCUUGAGGAUGUCAAUUCAUUGGGAGAAAGUCAUUAUGAAAAGUUAACAAAAUAUCUCAGCAAACAGUUCCAUCAGGAAGAAAGAAAUUAUGGAACCAUCACCAUAGACAGUAAAAGGCUUACCAAACAGCCACUGUUGGUCGAAAAAAGGAAGCAAGCAGCACAGUUACAGAGGAAUAUGUAUGGAUGGCUGAAGACAACUCUAAAAGAAAGCCACGAGCAGGUGAAACAAGGGAAAGGAAGACAUCUAAUUCUACCUUUACCACCUCUGGAAGAUUGUCAUAAGAUCACGAGAAGUUCUAAACAGAGAAGUUCCUCUGCCAAGUCUGGAAAACAUUGGCAACAGGAGAAGGGCAUGGAUGAUUGGGUCUGGGUGGUAUCUAUUCCCCCUCUGAAAUGUGGUUCUUACACUGCCCAUAGCCUUCCUCCAAUACUUUCUACUGAGGAACUGGAGGAAUUGCAGAAGAAGAAGAAGGAACUCAAAUUUCAAAUGAAUACUGUGAAAGAGCGUGCAGAAUUGGAAUUAAAGUGGAAGAUAGAUUAUUACCUACCUGGUCACAGGGAACUGUCAGCCUCCAGACAAGAUGCAGCAGUUGGCCUGUUGAUGAAGACAACAGCUGAAAUGCGGCCAAAAGAAUCUGAGAUGGCAUCGAUCCCGAUAAAGAGAAAUUACUUUGUUUCCCAAGCUUCAAAGUGUCAACCUGGAAAUUCAGAGAAACCGCCACAUGCAUCAAGAUUCAAGGACGCCAAAUGUCCUUUGAAAACACAAGAAACAAAAAAACACCCAAUACUUUGCGCACUGAAUGCCAAAGGCGAAGAAAAGACUGUUGAUUGCCAGAGAACACCAGUGUACAGCCGUAAACGAGAAAGUGUUUCCUGUCCUCCAGUAAAUUGAAACCAUAUCAAUGUGAUGCAGCCACCAGCAGUAACACUAGUGUCAGAAAUGGCUGAGCUCAUUGUUAAAUCAACAUUCAAUUUGAAUUCUUCUGACCUUUCCUGAGAAAUACUGUAGAUCCUACAACACUGAAUUAUAACCAGUAUAAUUGUCAUAAACAUGGUCAUCUGACAACAGUGAUAGGUGCAUUUUAAAUUUGAUGCAUUAAAAGAAUAAGC